AUGGCUACCCCUAGUGUCCUAGCUUUUGACGCUGAGGGUAGAGCCAUUGACUUUGAGGUCUGGGUCGACGACCUGCAGCUGUUCUUACAGUGCGAUAGGGCGGACGGUCUCUCUCUCUUUGACCUCACCUCUGGCGCCUCUCCUGCCCCUGCUGCUGAUGCUGACCCCACUGUUCGCUCUCAGUGGGCCACCCGCGAUGCUGCUGCACGUCUUGCUGUGCGUCGCCACCUCCCUACCACUGAGCGCGCGCACUUUAGUCAGUACAAGAGUGCUCAGACCUUGUACGACGCUGUAGUUGCGCGCUACUCUUCCCCUGCCACUGCUGCACUGAGCCUCGCACGCCUCCCUGACUCCCUUCGCGUAGUCAGGGACCACUUUCUCUCAGUCUGUCCCACCACCCUCACUGUCGACCUCCUCGAGAAGGCCCUCCUAGCGGCGGAGAAGAGCAUCGUCGCUGUAGGAGCCUCUCGUGGUGACCCUCGCACCCCCAUCUUUGAGGGGUGCUCUCCUUCCCCCCUGCUGCCCUCUGUUGCCUCUGCUGCUGCUGCCGACCUGCUUGGUCUUGAGUCGGUCGGCGCGGCGUCUGCCCCUAGCGGGAGACGCCGCUCUAGCAAGGGCAAGGGGGGCAAGGGAGCGGGUGGAGCUGGAGGGGGCGGUGGAGGUGGCGGUGGAGGCGGUGGAGGGAGUGGGGGUGGCGGUGGGAGUGGUGGCGGAGGCGGUGGUGGUGGUGGCAGCGGCGGAGGAGGCGGCGGUGGUGGCAGCAGCGGUGGGAGUGGUGGCGGCGGUGGAGGCGGAGGAGGAGGAGGUGUUGGCGGAGGAGGUGGAGCUGGUCGGGGUGGUGCCCCGCAGCAGAGCGGCGCUGGUAGUGGUCAGCGCCAGCAGCAGCAGCAGCAGCAGCGUUCGCGGGACAUCCCUCCGCCCCAGCAGCUCCGUGAGUGGUACACUCGGCGUCAGAGGGGUGGGGGUACUGGUCCGUGCACCUACGUCCUUCGUUCCGGCGACCGCGCGGGUGAGCAGUGUGGGGGUGCCCACCCCACCCAGCGCUGCUUUGGCCGCCUGACGGACGCUUGGCGUCAGCAGUUCCCCGAGGCUAGUGAGAUUCCCCGCUGGGAUGAGCUGUCUAGGGCUGGUGUAGCGAUCUUUGAUCUUGACUUUGAUGCUAUCCUUGCUGCUAUGUAUGCUGUGACUAUUAGUGAGGAGGGUGACUGUUACCGGUGGUUCCCGCCCGACCCGGGCAUUGGUACUGCUGCGCUAGGUGCUUGUGAGGCUGCUGCUCUAGGUGCCAGUGCGUCUGCGCUCUCAGGUACUGGUGAGACUGCGCUCUCAGGUACUGCGUCCCCUUCGUCCUCCCUCACUUUCACACUUGACUCAGGGGCUUCUCGCUCCUUCUUUCGAGACCGCACCACCCUCACGCCGCUUGGUCGGCCGGUUGCGGUCUCCCUGGCUGACCCCUCUGGGGGUCCUGUCCUCUCUCACUUUUCCACUGUCCUCCCGUGUCCGGCUGCCCCCUCGGGCACCCUGUCUGGUCUGUACCUUCCCUCGUUCUCGACGAACUUGGUGAGUGGUGCGGACCUGCAGGAUACGGGGGUUCACCAGUUCACUCCUGCGAGUCAGCGGGUGACCCACUGCACGGACGCACGCACUGGCCGGCACCUGGCCACGUUCUCGCGUCGGCCGGGGUCGAGCCUCUACACCCUGACCACUGAGUCUCCUCCUGUCCCUGCGUCUGGUCAGGUAGCUGCGUCAGGUCAGGUGUUUGCUGCUGCGUCCCGGUCUGGCCCUGAGUCUGCCCCCUGUUCGUGUCGCCUCCUGUCUCACGAGACUCUCCUGUGGCACCACCGGCUUGACCACCCCUCCCUGUCCCGUCUUCGGGGCAUGGCUUCCCGUGUCCUUGUCUCAGGUCUUCCCCGGUCUCUCCCUCCCCUUCCUUCGGGACCAGGACCUUCCUGUGUCCCCUGUGUCGAGGGGCGCCUCAGGGCUGCUCCUCACUCCUCCCAGUUUCCCCCGACAGAGGCUCCUCUGCAGACACUUCACAUGGACGUGUGGGGCCCGGCCCGCGUCCGUGGGCAGGGUCACGAGCGCUACUUCCUGUUGGUGGUUGACGACUACUCGCGUUACACCACAGUCUUCCCCUUGCGCAGCAAGGGUGAUGUCACUGCGGUGCUGAUCGACUGGAUCCGCGAGGCUCGUGGGGAGUUCUCCUCUCGCCUUCUGCGAGACUACUGUCGUGCAGGGGGGAUUCGCGAGACCUUUUCGCUUCCGGACUCUCCACAGCAAAAUGAGAUUGCUGAGCGCCGCAUUGGCAUGGUCAUGGAUGUCGCUCGUACGUCCAUGAUGCAUGCGGCUGGCCCCCAUUUUCUGUGGCCGUUUGCGGUUCGGUACGCGGCGCAUCAACUCAACCUUCACCCCAGGGUCUCUCGGCCCGCGAUGUCCCCAGCCUUGCUGUGGACGGGGAAGGUCGGCGAUGCGUCUGCGUUCCGUGUCUGGGAAUCUCGGGCGUUUGUCCGCGACCUGUCUGCGGACAAGUUGUCCCCUCGUGCUGCUCCCCGUGUCUUCCUUGGCUUCCCCCCUGACGCUCCAGGGUGGCAGUUCUACCACCCCUCCUCUCGUCGUGUUCUGUCCUCCCAGGACGUCACGUUCGACGAGUCAGUCCCCUUCUACCGCCUCUUCCCCUACCGCACUCCUUCCCUCCCCCCGCCACCGGACUUCCUUGUGCCGGUUCCCCCCCCGGUAGAACCCCUCCCCCCUCAGGUUCCUGCCCCCUCAGGUGUGUCCCAGGUAGACGUCGUUGACCCGGUCGAGGUUACUGGUGACUCUGGUGCUGCUGCGGGUGCUGAGCCUGGGGGUGCUGACUCUGGGGGUGCUGUGCGCGUGGGUGCUGAGCCUGGGGGUGCCGAGCCUGGAGGUGCUGCUACUGGGGGUGCUGAGCCUGGGGGUGCUACUGCUGAGGGUGCUGAGCCUGGGGGUGCUGAGCCGGGGGGUGCUGUGCCUGGAGCUGCUGAGCUAGGGGGUGCUGAGUCUGGGGGUGCUGAGUCUGGAGCUGCUGAGCCUGGGGGUGCUGAGUCUGGAGCUGCUGAGCCUGGGGGUGCUGCGUCUGGAGCUGCUGCGCCUGGGGUUUCUCCUGGUGCUCCAUCUCGGCGGGAGCCCCUCUCUCCACAGGAGCUGCGCGAGUGGUUUGCUCGCCGCUGGAGGCGUACUACUGGAGCUGGAGCUUCUUCGACUGUCGAGGGUGCAGGUGCCGCCGGUCCCGGAGCUGCUGGGCCUGCGGGUCCUACUGGAGCUGGAGCUACUGAGGGUGUUGGUGCUGAGACUACUGCUGUCUGUCCUGGCGGUGGUCCUGCUGCUGGUGGUGAUGGAGGUCCUGCCGCUGGAGGUGUUGGUGGCGCUGGUGCUGCCGCUGAGGGUGCUGGUGCUGUCCCUGCUGGGUCUGGAGUUGCCGCGCGGCCUCGGCCGUACUUCGUUCCGCUCCUACAACAGUCCUGA